AUGCUUCGGAAAUUCCUUCUGGCCAGCCUCGUGUCCCCCCCCCCACGAGGGUCACGCACCAUCACUGGCGUUCGACGAGCGAGCGGAGGAGGCCUACCAAACCUGGCUUCGCGGACCGGACAACAUAAUAUGCCCUCUCGGACCACACGGAUCAGCGAGAAACUGGUCCUGCUCCCAGAGACGGUUGACGAGAUUGAGGAUGAGGAGACGGAAGGAAUCAUUCGAGAAGAUGAAUCGAGACCGCUGAAGGAUGAGGAGCUGGAUGUACUGCGGAAAAGAGGCGGUCUUCGGGGAAAGAGCUAUGCCGAACGACUGCCCAAGUUUGAGAGAGCCGAGAAACUCUCCAGGCUUAGUGCCUACUGCACAGCGCAAUCCUACAAGAUGAAGUCGACGUCCGAGUUCCUACGCAAGAAGCACGACGCCAAGACCAAGCUCUACGAUGACUGUCUCUACACCGUCUACCAUACACCACUACUUUCUGGCGUCGACGGCUAUCGCGUCCGGAGUCGGCCAAUACUGAAGACACCUGGCACAGGCAAGACCGUGCUCGAUCUCGAGAUUGAGAGGAGCGAACAGAGCGACGAACACAUGGGAUACUACCAUGACUACGAACACGGAGAGCAUGGGGAGAGUCCGAACAGCGAGAACGGUAGUCCUCGUCGUGGACCAGACGACGGCGGACGCGACACCACAACCGAUCGCCAGGAUGAUCACCAUGCUGCAAGUCCAGUUAACAGGUUUGUGCCGGAUGCUAAACAAUAUGCUGAAAUGUUCGUCUUUUCAUACGGCGUCGUCGUCUUCUGGAACUUUACCGAGCAGCAGGAGAAGGCUAUUUUGGCUGAUAUCACCUUUGCCGAGAACGAAACAGGGGUGUCGCUGGUCACACGCCCCCUCGACCAGAGCGACUUUGAGACGGAAGAGUUUCACUUUGAAUAUAACGGGGACGUCAAGCGACCUCGGAUAUUCAACGACAUGAUCACGCUGCUGCCGCGGUCCGAUCACAUGGUGCGGCUGACCAUUAGUCACGCCAUCGCACAGAGUACGAAGCUCUGCUUCUUCGAGGAGCGCAUGUCGGAAACCAUGCUGAACGCACAGCACGUGCCGAAGCGACUGGCUUUAACGGGCGAAUUGAGCAUGACGAGGACCGAGAUCGUCAAGAUUCUGGGACGCCUGUUCAAGAGCCGUGUCGAGAUCAACCUCUCAUCGAACAUCCUCGACGUGCCCAAUUUCUUCUGGGACUCGGAGCCCACAUUGCAUCCGCUCUAUGUCGCCAUCCGAGACUACUUGGAAAUUGAUCCGCGCACCAAGGUGCUUAACGAACGAUGCCGCGUGUUCCUGGACCUUGCAGAGAUCCUGUCGGACUCGGUGGCCGACUCCAAGAUGAGUUACAUUACGUGGAUCAUUAUUGUCCUGAUCAUCAUCAGUAUUCUUGUCACAGUUACCGAGGUCGCACUACGCUUCGGCAUUCUCUCGAAAGAGAAAGGGCGAGGCAACAGCCACGGCGAUGUUCCCGCGCCUGGAGUUCUUGGUGGAUACGGCCCUGUUACCGCAGGAUCGAAUUUCACAUUAGACGAGUUGCGUUCGUGGGGUGCGAGCUUGAGUGAGCAGGAGCGCAGAGCCGUAUGUGGUGCGGAUUAUGUUGGCACCACAUUUGCGGGCAUUUGA